CACCGGGCGGGGCGGCAGGCACUGGUCCCCCGGGCAGAGCGGCAGGCACCGGGCCCCCAGGCGGGAGUGGCAGGCACCGGGUCAUCUGGCAAGACCGCGGGCCCCGAGUCAUCUGGCAAGACCGCGGGCCCCGAGUCAUCUGGCAAGACCGCGGGCCCCGAGUCAUCUGGCAAGACCGCGGGCCCCGAGUCAUCUGGCAAGACAGCGUGCCCCGAGUACGACAGCGGGCACCGGGUCAUCAGACAUUGGCGGGCAUCGGGUCAUCUGGCUCGACAGCAGGGGCAUCGGGUCAUCUGGCUCGACAGCGGGCAUCGGAUCAUCUGGCACGACAGCGGGCAUCGGGUCAUCAGGCACGACAGCGGGCAUCGGGUCACCAGGCAUGACAGCGGGCACUGGGUCAUCAGGCAUUGGAUCAUCUGGCUCGACAGCGGGCAUCGGGUCAUCUGGCUCGACAGCUGGCAUCGGGUCAUCAGGCACCAC